AUGGAUUAAGAAAGAAAACGUCGUUGGAUCUAAACUUAGUAAUAGAAAUUGGAAGAUAUAAAAUAAAGAAAGUAUAUAGGUACACAUCAUAUGAGGACAGAUAAUAUGAGAUUGAGUAGAACAGAGAAAUUAAUAUAAAUGAAAUCACCAGGAAUUUUAAGACAUUAAUAAACAUUGGCAAUAGAUGAUUAUAUUUCAAAAGGGGAUUGUAAAUUGAUCUUUUUGCAAUAACAAGGUGAAGAUGUUGGAUUUAAAACAUUUACAGAGAUGAUGAAAACAAAUUCAAGUUGGAUAAACAAAGUAGAUAAAUUAAAUCAAAAUGAAUCAAGUCUAAAAAAUAGAUUGAAGUUUAAUUAUGUUUAAGCAAAUACAUUUAAAAGUUCUCUUAAUAAAAAAUGGAGCAGUACUGUGAAUGAAGUUACUGAAUUAUUUUAAAGAAAAGAAGAGUUGGAAUAGUUGUAGAAAGUGAAGAAAGUGAAAUUGAAGGUAAAAACUAUAUAGUAAGAGGAAGAAGAAGAGGAAUAGAUAGAGAAUAAUGAAAGACCAUUUGACAGUUCGAAUGUAAUAAAAGUGUUUUGGUUUAAUAUCUAAAUAAGUGAAUGGAAACCGCCAAUAAGAGAAGGAUGUACAGUUACAUAUAUAGCAUCAUUGAAUAAGGCAUAUAUGUAUGGAGGAAUAGGGAAUGAUUUAUUUAAAAAUAUGAUAUAGUUGAAUACUUAGACUUGGGUUUGGAAGGAUAUAGGAAUAGGAUUGGGUGAAGCACCUUUAGAAGGUAGAUUUGGACAUACAGCCACAUUUUAUAAAUAAUAAAUAAUAAUAUAUGGAGGAGAGAAGAAAUAUAAUAAUGCAAUGAAGAUGAGAGAAUGUUAUGGAGAUGUGAGAAUAUUUAAUCCUUUAGAUAAAACAUGGACUUUAAUAAGAAGUACAGGAGAUUUAAUAGAAGGAAGAAGAAAUCAUAUAGCAUAGUGCAUAGGAAAGUACUUUGUUAUUUAUGGAGGUAUUAAUUCAUAUGGUAAAAUAUUAAAUGAUGUAUGUGCAUUGAAUUUGGAAAUGAAUAAAUGGUACUAUUUUUAUAUAAAUAUAAUUAUAGGUCAGUCUUAUAAGUAGAAAAUUAAUUCUAAGAUGGAGUUUCAGAUUCAGCUUCUGUAGCUUUAUUUGGUGGAGAAGUUAAAAUGGAAAAUCCUUAUUUUAGUUAUGAAUGCAAUAAAAAAAAAGGAAGAUAUCCAUAAGUCAAUUGUGAAGGAAUUUAUAUUUAUGGAGGUAGAAUUCAAAAUGGAGAAGCAUCAAAUGAUUUAAGAGUUAUUUAAUUUGGAUUCAAACCUAUAAGAAUCAUUAAAGUUAAAACUAAAGGUUAACCUCCUAUUGCUAGAUAUUCUCAUAGUAUGAAUUAUUAUCAUUAAUUUAAUGCCUUAAUUGUAUAUGGAGGUAGAAAUGAUUCAAAAGAAGGAAAUAUUCUUAAUGAUUUAUUUGUUUUAUAAUUGUAAUAACUUAAUUGGAUUAUGAUAUAAUAGAUUGGAUCUUUAAAAUAUGGUAAAUGCAGUCAUUGCAGUAUUUCUAUUGAUUCUAAAAUACUCAUUUUCGGAGGAUACACUUAAAAUGUUUAUGCAAAUGCUGAUAUAUAAUUAAUUGAAUUAGAUUAAAAUAGAGUUACAAAAAUGAUUAAAGAGAAUAAAAUUAAUAAUUAAUUAUCUAUUACUAGCACUGAAUUAUUAACUAAUGCUAAUUUAAGAUUAUUUAAAACUGAAUUCUUUCAUGAAACAUAAGAAAGAGAUAUUAUUGAUUCUAAAAGAGCUUUUGACAAUACUACAAGACUUAGUACUCAACAUCUUAAAACUUAUAUGCCACUUCCUAUUGGAAAUAAUUCAUAAUUAAUUUAAGAUUACAAAUUGUUGAAAGAAAAAACAAGAAACUCUAAAAAUAAUCCUUUAUUUUUAAGUUAAUGA